UAUUAUUCUGUUAUUGGAUGACGAAUAUGGAAGGUAUGUGAUUUUGGAAGGAAGCUUGAGAUGUUUUUCCCCCUAACUCAAAAGUGACGUUUGGCUGACCCAGGGUCGAUGAAGUACAUAUUUACAUUCAUUUUGUCCAUCAUUUAAUGACGUAAAUAAAAUAUUUCUAAAAAUAGCAUCAGUUGUUGCAAUGAGAACAGAAAAUGAAAAAUCUGCUAUUAGGCUUAAACUGUAUGUUACAAUUUGUUUUCAUUUGGUGACAUUGUUAGUCUGACGCUAAAAUUUUUAAAUACCCUGAUAUGUACUCUUGUAGCUACAUUCCUGAUAAAUUUUAGUAGCAGUUACAUAAAUCUACAAAAAAUGGCAGGAUCAUCUUCUGGUUUCAACAGCUCAAAUACUAACAAAAAACAUGGAUUAAGCCGUUUUUCUUUAGCUCGCUUGUUCAACAUAACUACAUAUACACAUAGAACUACAGGUCAACGUUGCUCUUCAAAUUUUGACAAUGAUAGGAGGUCUGAGAGCAGUUCUGUUGGAUUUGGAUCUGGAAUGCCUGCAAAGCAAACUCAACAGAAUAAUAAAGAUACCAAUCGCUUUCCUGUGGCUGGUCCAUCAUCUUCUAGCUCAGAGUCUAUUAAAAAUAUUAAUGUAGAAAAUACUGAAACCUCUCAAGAUGGUUUAAAAACAUGGCUGAAAGAGUUUUUGGAAUGCCCACUUUGCUUGUUUGAGUUACCACGUCAGAGCUUUCCUGAGUUAAGAUCAUGUAAUCAUCGUGCUUGCUAUCGUUGUUUGCGACAGUACUUAAAAAUAGAAAUAACUGAGAGUAGAGUUAAUAUAUCAUGCCCUGAAUGCACAGAACCAAUUCAUCCUAGUGACAUAUGCAUGAUAAUAAAUGAUGACAUUCUUCUUGGGAAGUAUGAAUCUUUUAUGCUAAGAAGAGUGUUAAUUACUGAACCAGAUGCAAGAUGGUGUCCAGCACCAGAUUGUGGGUAUGCAGUUAUUGCCAGAGGUUGCGCUGGCUGCCCAAAACUGAAAUGUGAACGGCCUGGUUGCAAUACAUUUUUUUGCUACCAUUGUAAACAAGAAUGGCAUCCCAACCAAACUUGUGAUGCUGCACGUGCUCAAAGGGCCCACCAUUAUGCAAAUCCAAGAUCGUCUUCUGUAUCCUUUAGCCAGGACUCAAUAGUACAAACUGGUGAUGACAUCAAACCUUGCCCAUGUUGUAAAGUUUUGAUUAUAAAAAUGGAUGAUGGUUCCUGCAAUCAUAUGACAUGUAGUGUCUGUGGUACAGAAUUUUGCUGGUUAUGUAUGAAAGAGAUAUCUGAUCUACAUUAUUUGAGUCCAUCUGGUUGCACUUUUUGGGGUAAAAAGCCUUGGAGUCGCAAGAAGAAAAUUAUGUGGCAACUUGGAAUGUUAGUUGGGGCUCCUGUUGGCAUUGCUCUGAUUGCUGGUAUUGCUGUCCCUGCCAUUAUUAUUGGAAUUCCAGUCUGGGUUGGUCGGAAGCUACAUGCAAAGUAUACUCGACCUGCAACUAGUAGACAUAGUAGAAAUCUUAUUGUAACAGCUGGUGUUGUUGGUUCAGUUGUUGUGUCUCCAAUUUUAGCUGGCAUUGCAGUUGGUAUUGGUGUGCCAAUAUUACUUGCUUAUGUUUAUGGUGUUGUACCUGUAUCUCUUUGUCGAUCUGGUGGCUGUGGUGUAUCUACAUCUGCUUCUGGUGUCAGGAUUGAGUUUGAUGAAGAAAAUGAGAUUGGAAUGGGAAAUAAUCCAUCUGCUGGCAACUAUGAUGGAGCAAGUGUUGAUACUAAUGCAAGUCAAAGGGGUGUAAAUCCAAGUAUUGGUGAAGUUUCCCUUGGUAUGUCUGCCAGUUUAAGUUUAGGCAGUGGUAGUCACUUGGAUCGCAUAGCAUUGAAUCAAGACAGAGAAGAUGAUCCUGAAAGUGCCAGCAAUGUAGCUCUUGCUGGAAGUAUAGCAAGUGCUUCUUUGAUGGGUGCAGCAGGAAAAUUAGAAGUUCAAGCAGAUGUUUCUUCUAAUAAACGUUUUAGCCUGAGUAGUCACAGUGAAACAGCCUCAGCUACUGUCAGCACAAACAUGUCACUUGCUGAUGAUGCUAGUAUGAAGGCUUUAGCAGGAUCCAUUUUAGGAUACAGGGACAGCUCUGCUGUCACGCCUGUAGAAGUCCAUGUUGAUGCACAAAAUUCCGAUCCGAUGACAGAAACUGUUUCUCUUGGGAAAUCUGAAGCUAGUUUCAAUUUGCAUGAAUAUUUUCAAUUAGCUGGUGCUUCUGUGGAUAAAAUAGACAGCACAUCUCUUUCUCAAGUAUCUUGUGGCGACAGCGCACAUUACCCAGCUUUGCGCUUAAAACUAUCCAAAAGCAGUAAAAAAAGACACCAUAGCAGUACUGUUCCAGAAGUAGCUGAAUUUGAUUGCCAGAAAAAUGCAGAUUCUGUCUCUCUUCAAUCUGAAAACCAUUUUUUGCCAAGUCAUGUGCAAUUCAAUGAACUCAAAGAAUGUUGUGUAAGUUUCAUUGAUGAAAGUCCAUCUGCUGACAGUCUGACUAAACCUGCAGACUGCAGUUCAGAUUCCGAGGAACUGACCUUGAAAUGUUAUCCAACUAAUUAUGCUCAUGGAAAAAUCCACUCUGUCAAACAGCCUGUGUGCAAGGAAAUUGCAAAUUUAAAACAGUCCCAUGAAAUAAAAUCAGUUACAAGAUCCAUCAGUUUCUGCAACAGCUGUACGUCUACUCAUCGGUCUUGCUGCCCCUCUGUUUUCCAAAAUGGAGCUGUUCCCAACAAAGCUACUGGAAAGCAUUUCCCAACAGAAAUAAGUUCUGAAUCGAAUGCCUUAUCUAACAGAGCUUAUAAAUCUCCUUGCAGUUUGCAGGAUAUUUCCAUUGAAGUUAUUCCUGUCAGAGAUGACUUGAAUUGCAGUCCCUCCUUAAAGACAGUUCCUGCUUCUGCGAGCUCCAAACCACUGCUUGAAUCAAUCCAAGGCCAUAAAAUGCACUUGCAAGCUGACAAGCAAGAGUGUAGUGUAGACAUUUUUCAUUUAUCUCAACCUUGUAACAAACAUUUUAGGCAAGGAAAAGACAAUAGAACAUAUCUAUAUCCUGAAUCUAAUAAAGCAGACAGUGAAGUUACCAGCAAUUUCAAAAUGCUAUAGAUGUACAUUAAUAUGUAAUAAUACUUGUGCAGCGUGAAUAUCCGCUUAAAUAUUUUAAAAACUAAUUAUGCUAUCAGGAUCAAUAAUUGUGAUAAUGUGUAAUAUGUAAGUCUUUGUAAUUUUUUAUACAUGUUAUAAGUAACGUGGUGUUCAUUUUGAUCCUAAGAAUUCCCUGUGUUGCUUGAAGAAGUGAAAAUCUUUUGUGUGCAACAUUUGUUUUUGUUCCUAUGAAAUGCAAAGCUGGGGUUUUGCUCCAAGAAAAAAAAAAUUGGUGCCGGUUUUUUGUUUCUUCCCCUAGAUGUCUACCUGGUUAUCAAUGGAUUGAUUUAGGCUUACUGGAUGUAUGUAAUGAAACUGAACCGUUACAAUCCUAAGUUGAGCAUGAUUUAUACUGCAUGCUACAAUGUAUUAAAUGUUUAUGAUUUUGAAUUUUGCCAGUGAAAUAGUUUAUUUUCCUGUUAAAUGUACUGGCGAGCUUGUAUAGAUAUUAUUCAAGUUAUAUAUUGUAAUAAAUAUUUUACAAAAUUUCAA